CUCCAUUAUCUACAAAUUAACGAAAACCCCUGAUUGCUAACGGUGGGCUCGUGUCUCCCACGUCCGUCCUGUGCUGUGCUUCACGUCGGUUUCGUCUUCAUAUACUCGGCUUUGAUACUUUCCCGGUCGGCAACAUCUGGCAGCAAGUGCGGUGUUUGCUCGUGUUGCAACACCGCUUAUGUAGCAGCGGGCCUGGGCGAACGAUCACUGUGCCCCCUCCUCCCCCCGGUAAGGACGCAAAAGCUUGACGUGAGCGUGCAACGAUGCCACUGUUUGGUAAAUCGCAGAAAAGCCCACAGGAGCUGGUGAAGUCGCUGAAGGAGGCGGUCAAUGCGCUGGAGCGCGGCGAUAAGAAAGCGGAAAAGGCACAGGAAGAUGUGAGCAAGAACCUGGUGUCGAUCAAGAACAUGCUGUGCGGUACGGCCGAUGCCGAGCCGCAGACCGAGAUCGUCAUCUCGCAGCUGGCCCACGAGCUGUACAGCACCGAUCUGCUGCUGCUGCUGAUACAGAACCUAAACCGCAUUGACUUCGAGGGCAAGAAGGACGUGGCACACAUCUUCAACAAUGUGAUCAGACGCCAGAUCGGCACCCGACUGCCGACGGUCGAGUACAUCUGCACCAAGCCGGAGAUUCUGUUCACGCUGAUGGCCGGGUACGAGCAUCAGGAGAUCGCGCUCAACUGUGGCAUCAUGUUGCGCGAGUGCGCCCGGCACGAGGCGCUCGCCAAGAUCAUGCUCCACUCGGAGGAGUUUUUCAACUUCUUCCGCUACGUCGAGGUGUCCACGUUCGACAUUGCGUCCGAUGCGUUCUCCACGUUCAAGGAGCUGCUCACCCGCCACAAGCUGCUGAGCGCGGAGUUUCUCGAGCAGAACUACGACAAGGUGUUUAGCCGGUACGAGGCGCUGCUCAACUCGGAGAACUACGUGACGCGGCGCCAGAGCCUGAAGCUGCUCGGCGAGCUGCUGCUCGACCGGCACAACUUCACCGUGAUGACGAAGUACAUCUCCAACCCGGACAACCUGAAGCUGAUGAUGAACAUGCUGAAGGAAACGUCGCGCAACAUACAGUUCGAGGCGUUCCACGUGUUCAAGGUGUUCGUGGCGAACCCGAACAAACCGAAACCGAUCAUGGACAUACUGCUGCGGAAUCAGGAAAAGCUGGUCGACUUUCUUACCCGCUUCCAUACCGAUCGCUCCGAGGACGAACAGUUUAACGACGAGAAGGCUUACCUGAUCAUGCAGAUCAAGGAGCUAAAGCCCCAGACCCAGGAGGCUCAGCAGUGAUUGUGUUGUGGUGGAGGUGGAGGUGGUGGUGUUGCGGUUGAAUGCAUGCAGCAUGUUUCAUCAACAAAGCUGAAACACUAUAAGCGGGAGCAGUUCAGUAGUUUUUGUGUGUGUGUUUUUUUUUUCUUUCGUUUUUUGGGUUCUUUUUUACGAAAAGCUUUGCGAACACUACUACGCCUUUGCUUAAAUAGAAAUAAAUGUUCUACAGUAGAAUAAAGAAA